CGACAGAUCUGAGGCUAAUAACGAUGUGACCAAUAUGUAUUAUUUGGAAUAACGUCAUAUCGACCAGGGGUUUGUUAUCUAGCCUGCUAACUGUGUAGGGCUAACUACCCCAGUCCCGUGACAGGCUGUAACGUUCAGGUGCAGUCCUCCUUGCCAAGGAAGGAGAGGCACCAGGACCAUGAGUGAGAAUGGCCCUCAUACAGAGGCGACUAUGUAUUUUGAGGUCCAGGUGGAUCACCUGGGGCGGGACGACGAAGAAGAAGAAGACAAGAUCCACUUCGACAAAGACAAUGACCUGAUUCCUGAGCCUUCAUCGUCCUCUGGUCGGGUGUACGACCGCACAACAGUGCUCAUUGAGCGGGACCCCAUCCGGCUAGAUGAGGAGGGCGAAGAGGAGGGUCACUGUGGAGGGGACGAAGAUGGGGUCACCUUCCUGACUGAAGGGGAAGGUGAUGGAGAUGAGGAGGAGGGGUCUCUGGCCUUUAUGACAGACCCUGAUGGCAUGUCACAGGGUUAUGUGCACCACACCAUUUCUCCAGACCAGAUCCAGUUCACAAUAAAUCCAGGCUCCACCCCCAUGCCACGCAACAUAGAGGGGGCGACCCUCACCCUGCACUCUGAGUGCCCAGAGACCAAGCAGAGAGAGGUGAAGCGCUACCAGUGCAUGUUUGAAGGCUGCACAAGGACAUACAGCACGGCGGGAAACCUUCGGACACACCAGAAGACUCACCGGGGCGAGUACACAUUUGUGUGCAAUCAACAGGGCUGUGGAAAGGCUUUCCUCACUUCUUACAGCCUCAAGAUUCAUGUCCGUGUGCACACCAAGGAGAAACCAUUUGAUGAUGUGCAAGGCUGCGAGAAGGCCUUUAACACAUUAUACAGGUAA